GGAAUUAAAUCUCGAGGAACGUAUAUUAUAGGUACAAAGUUUCUUGUGUUUCUUCCAAUAGAGUGCUAUACGCUAAAUAAAUCGAAAAUGCACACCGAACGAGUAGUUCAGUAGGCAUGAGAAUUAUCUAGAUAAUAUUUUCUCUAUUUUUUUUUUUUUUUUUUGUAACUUAUCUAGAUGGAAACUUAAGAUCAACUGUCUGAAUUUUAUCCGAGAUAAAACAUAAUUAACUUUUUUGUAAUUAUCUGGUUGAAAAAUACUUAGAGAAAAAAAAUGUUACAGCCACGUGAAUGUAUACGUUGUAGUUAUAAAUUUAAAGUUAUUAGAGCUGGGGGGUUAUUUUACCUCAUUCCCAUUUAUAGAGUUAUUUUAACCGUUUAAAUGUUUUUUCCCCUAUUGCUGUAAAUAUUCUUUAACAAUAGCCACAAAUAAAUUAAAUUAAAUAAUUUUUUUUUUUUUUUAAAUCUAAAGAUACAUUUCGAUUAGGCAUAUUUUAGAUUGAAUUCAUUUAAGUAUUUGUUAUCUUUAGCUGUAUAUUUAGAUGGUUUUAGAGUAAUUAUGUUUUAUCUCUAUCUGUGGAUAAAUUGCGUAUUUGUCUGCGUCUCAAUACGCCAAACGAUUAUCUUGGUCAGACUUAUUUUUGUGAAAUCGAACUCCUAUUAAAAACGUGUGCAUUUAUAUUAUAGAACAAAACGACUUGAGAUCAAUAAUCGAAAACUACGACGUAUUAUAUCCUUUCCCUUUCAAACCGGACGCAAUAAGACAUUUUAAUUUAUGCAUUUAUAAUAUUGUAACGGUGCUGGUAUACAACUAAAUGUAUACGAUUUAAUAGCAUUUAAAACGUCAAAAUGAUUACGAUUAUAAAUUGAUUUUGCAAUUUUAUUCCGGGACCCGGGAGUUGUACUGCAGAGAGUAAUAAUAAAAAAAAAAAAAGUAACUAGUCGAGAGGGACAGGAUUGAGGAUAACCAAGGCUGAAAGAGCGUAAUUCUUUGCUCUACAAGCGCUGCUUUAAAGUCGAAAGUAAUAAAAAAUAAAAACCUACGUACAGGCAAUAAUGCAUAAUACAUUUACAUUAUGACUGCGAAACAUAUUAUUGUAUUAUGGAUUACCCACCACUACAUAGUACCACCGAGAGAAGACAUAGAAUGUUUGAAAACUAAAUACGGAGGACAAUACGCGUGGACCAACUACAGUUAUGACAACGAGAAAGAAACGUGGACAUUGGACAAAGACCUGCAGGCGGAUGACGAUGGAGAUGGCAUCGGUCAUCUGCAACUUUGCGAGUAGAUUGGGAAUUCAAUGGACUCGUGUGUUGUUUGAAGCAUGAAUCGGGAACCGAUAGAAAAAGACCUCGAGGUCAGUCCUCGAAGAAGACCUCGGUAUAGAUUUCAGGGAGUGCGAGAACGGACGGGGAUCGCUAAAGAUCAAUGGGUGAACAUUGUAAUAACGGCGAGAGCUCUUAUAAAGUAGUAUUCAGUGGCGCAACCAAAAUGGAUGUUUUGCGUGUCCGAACAUCCUCCUCGGACCGCGUUUAGAUAACACCACAGAUUUUAUCGAAACGCGUUUUGUUUUUUUUUUUUUUUCAAUGUACACACGUUACACACCCCCCGUGCGCCACUGGUCGUAUUAGGCGCCGGGAACGAAGAGGAAGAUAGGUAAUGAUAAUUGAAAAUAAUUUCGAAUGGGUAACUGAUAGUUAAUUAAAAACGUAUAAAUGUAUAACAUAUAUGUAUAUAUAAGUACUUUUUACGUGCCGUUAAACAUUGCGAAAACGAUUGGGCUAAUUCGAAACGUAUGCACAUAAAAAUUAUUUACAAAUAUAUCUAUGCGAUAUAUUUUUAUCAGUUUUUAAUUAGUUUUUUUUUUUUUUUUUUUUUACGAGACAAUUAACCGCG